AUGUCAAAAAACAGCACAGCAGAAAAUGGCAGUAUUGGCAGCAGCCCAAUGGGGAGGACAGUGAAUGAGAGGGUGCUGAUAGUGCAGGUGUUGGUGGGGAUUUUCCUCUACAUCAACUGCCUCAUGAUCUUCACCUUCUUCAAGAAGGAGGCCUUCCACAACAACGUGCGCUAUAUCCUCUUCUCACACACACUGUUCUGUGACACCUUGUUCCUGAUAAUUUCAGACACACUCCUUGUUAUAAAUUUCUCAGGGACCACCAUGCCUGCUGGGCUGUGCAUGGUCAUCUAUGCAAUCAGUGGUCUCCUUAACUUCGCUACACCUCUGACUCUCACAGCUAUGUGCCUGGAACGCUACGUGGCCAUCUGUAUGCCUCUGAGACACGCAGAAAUCUCCACCCGACGCCGAGCCAUCUACUGCAUCUUCGUCAUCCAUGCUGUCAGCUCCAUACAGCAAUUCAUCAUCUUCUCCAUGGUCGUCUUGUCCUCUCCACCCAGUUUCUACAGCAUGCUCCUGGUCUGCAGUGUAGAAAACCUGGUCUUUGUCAAGUGGCAGCAAAAUCUCCGAUCUGCAAUGUCUCAGCUUUAUUUUGUGGCCAUAUCAUUUACGAUAGCCUUCACCUAUGUCAAAAUCAUGGCGGCUGCCAGAGCAGCCUCUUCAGACAAUAAGAAAUCCACCUCCAGGGGUCACAGGACUGUGCUUCUUCAUGCCUUCCAGGUGACACUCGGUCUCGUAAUGCUGUGGUUGCCACUGAUAGAGACACUGGUUCUGGAGGCUGACUUCAAUGCAGUCAAGCAGUUGAGAUACUUUAACUAUAUUGUCUUCAUCCUUGCCCCUCGCUGUCUAUGCCCUCUCGUAUAUGGUUUAAGGGAUGAAAAUUUUGUCCUGGUUUUGAAAUACUAUGUCCUUUUUGGAUUUUAUAAGAGAAUUUCCCCUAUCAAAAUACCACCCAGUUAA